ACUAUCGAUUGAUAGUGCGAUUAGUUAACUGAUAUAAAAAAUGGCUGACAAUGCGGCGAUAUUUAAGAUCUUCCUUUCUUCCUCCCGUCCUUCUCAACCAACGAUACGAUAAAGCGUUGUGAAUCUCAAAGAUCGUAGCUAAUUUGACUUUAUUGAAGUGUGGAACUAUUCGAAAGGAGAGAGAGGCCAGAAAAGAUCUAAGGAUCAAAGCCAGCAGAUAGUCUACGGAAAUUCGUGAAUCCUCCCAGCUAAAACUGAGCGUUCCGCUUUUUUAUUUUUUUGAUACUUAUUAAAAAAGGUCGAAUCUUACCAAAAUGUCUGACUGGGAAGGCGAGGAAUUUGAACCUGCGAAGGGAGUAGCUGCGAUGUCAGUGCAAGCUUGGAGCGACGAGGAGACACCCCAGAACACCGCAAGACGUGGAGGUGGUGGCGAAGAUGUCAAUUGUGUGCGCAUGAAGAUACCUUCAAGCUGCGACAGGGAUGUGGUGAUCUCCUUCCUUGAUCAUCUCGAUUUGCGGACAUUCACGACAAUGGUGAAGGUGCGAGAGCUUCGUGACUACUUGCUCACGGCCUUCGAAGAGCUUGUGACCAGCGAAAGGGAUGCACUGCAGCUUCAGGAUAGGGAGGAGCGAGAGAAGCAGUCGCGACUGAAUCGUGAAUCGACAGCCAAGUCCAAGCGCGUUCUAGAGGAAAUAAAUAAAAUGCUUAACCAGUCCGAAGCUGGGCAAAGUCAGGUGAAGAACAUGUUUAGGCAGCUCCACGGUAUGAGGGUAAAUGAGCAGCCUCAUUUGAAUGAUAAUUUUGAUGAAUUUGUGGUGCCCAGAUCUCGUCCGAGCAGAGAAAGACAAAGGGGCUCCAAAUGGCGUGGAACUGUGACCACGUCCUCAGAGGAAACUGCAAAAGUUCGACAGAUCAAAGAUCUCUACAUGGCCAGCUUCGCCUUGUAUAAUGCGAAUGAGGAAGCUGUAAUCCGAAAUGAACUCUCGUCAGAAGAUGAGACUGAAGCAGAAGAAGCAGGAGCAGUAGCAGCAGCCACAGCUGAAAAACCAGUUCUGGCCACUUUAAGCGCGGCAAAAUUUCCCCACUGGCUCAGUGAGAACUUUAUGCAGAUGCACACGAUACGAUUGAUUAACAUGGGCGUAACAACAGGGCUGCACAGUCGACGAGCCUGGCCUGAUGAGGGACAUGCACUACCACCGGCAUGGUUGGACGACCGACAGCCCAGACUUCUGGAUUUUUCAUUUUUGGCCGAGUCUAGUGAGCCGAUGGAGCUGCCAGCAGUUGAACAUGGCAUGGGAUACACAAGCAUACCGGCAGGCAGCCUGGGGACCAAUGUGGCGCGUGAGCAGCAGUCUCAGAAUCGGGACACCACUGAUAUAGCAUACUUCAGUCGCUACGGGUCGUUGUGCGAACAGGACGGCGGUGCACGUAUCGCCUUAUCAUCAACCCCAAUAACACCUAACAUCGACUACGGAUUGGCAUUCCACCCGACAUCGUCCUCAUCGCAGCCCGAUGAGGAGAACACUCCUAUGAUGCCAGGAUCCGGGAGUGCACGCUCGUUGCCAGCGGAGGUUGCAUUGGUGGACGUGGACAGCGGCAAUAAGCAGUCGAUGGUUAUGUCGCCCGCGUCAGAAGAUGUCGUUUCAACGGUGGCUCGCUCUCGACCUGGAGUCACACCGUUUCGCCCAUUGUUGCCAGUGAUCGACGAGGAGCAUCGCCUCUCUAUGUUACCGCGUUUGCUGAAGAAGUCGUUUCAUCCGCCCCCACCAGCAGACGAAACAACAGCAGCAGGAUCAUUAGAAUCAGGUUGCCCACCGGAAGCUUCCGCAGGAGGACCGUUAGAAGCAAUAGUAGAAGACACAACAGGAGCAGAGGUAGCAGCGGGAACUGCUCCUAUUACACCACCACAGACUCCGCGACGUGAUUGGAGUAGCAUAUUUCGAGCGCGUGAUCAAAUACCGAGCUAUGUCGAAACGCGAAAUGUCUCGGCACCAAGAAACCGACGUCCACGACGCCAGAGAUUACCGGAAACGCCGCCAAGGGAUACAUUGGACGAACAGCCGCGAUUGAAUCAUGAGAUCACAAAGAAUUUUAUGGCCAAUUUACUGCAAAGAGCGACAGAAAUGGUCAGAGCUCCACUGCAAAUGGUUAUUCACCCGCCAUCUACGACUGGCUCCCCCACUGCUCCUGACUCCGAUGGGGUGCUGCCUCAGAUGGAAGUGCUGGGAGAGCUGCAAGAGCCAAUGCAAGCAGAGCCGCCACUACAGGCAACAAUAUCGCGAUUUGCUUUAAACGCGGAAGCUCCUGAUUUUCCACCGGCUCUUCUAGGACCCUCUAUUCCAGAAAUCCUGCCUAACAUUUCGGAGAACGAAAUAACGAGUAUGGAUGUAACGGAAGCCCGGCAGGUGGCUGUGCCAAUGCAGAUUACCAACAGUAGACAGUCGGCGAACUCUUUGGCCGACUUGAGUGUAAACGCAAUCGUUACUGAUGUGCAAAUUCUGCCACCAUGGAGCAUGGACACCGGGAGCCUGUCACUUCCAGGCAUAGAUCAGACACGAGUGUCAACUGGAUUUCCAGCCAUAGAACAAGCAGGAAAAUCAGUAGAAAGUCUAGCCAUAUAUCAGGCAGGAAGAUCAACACUUCAGAGUGCGGAAAACGCAGUCGUGUCAGUAUCGUCUUUGCAACGGACAGCAACCACAGCAAUUCGUCGGAACAGAAAACACAUGGAAGACAUGGCAUACAUCGCGCAGCACACGGACAUGCUUCGUGUAAUGGUCGAUCAUCAGAAGUAUCUCAGCGAUCAGCAGCAUCCCGGAGAAGCGAUCAGACAGUAUCGCUCCCUUGCCGCUGUGGAGACCUACGAUCCACAUAUAAUAUUGGACAUGCCAAUAUCAAAGGUGGAGCUAGUCCAUGGUCUGUUUGAGGCACUCAUCACGUGGCCACGGGUGGAUUUGCAGAAUGCUCCGUUCAUCAAGAACCGCAUGGAUGCGGCGAGAACCUUUCGCUUUCUUCUGGACUUG